AUGGAUGAUGUUCAAUCCCCUGCUCAGAGGGUGUUUGAGGAAAGCCCUAAACCAGUAGAGAAAAGUGAGGAGAAAAAACCACCUGGGUCAGAAGCUAAAAGCGAGGAGAGUAAGCCGAAAUCUUGGGCUAAUGUGGUUAAAAAAGAUGUUCCUGAGCUGAAAUUUAACUAUUAUCCGAAAGCUAAAGGUGUUUCACUCCUUGAACCUCCGGAUGAGGUUUUGAAGAAAGGUAAUGACAAAUAUAAAUUUUGUGUUGUGGGCACUUUCUCGAAAGGUACUUUGGCAUAUAAAUUGGUUUCGGAGUUUGCUUUUAAGUUCUGGAAAUCAUGGGGUCUGUUGUCAGUGCACCAGAAGGACAAAUCCACGUUUAUGUUUCGCUUUUCUGACCUUAUUGGUGUCAACAAUCUAUUAUCUCGGGGAACCUGGUAUAUCGAGCGUAGGCCAAUGAUCAUGACAGCCUGGGGACAAAAACCAGGGAGUUCGAUCAUCACUAGCAUGCCGCUUUGGGUCAAGUUCUAUAAUCUUCCUGAUAGUUACUGGACAGAGGAUGGUCUUGCUCACGUUGCUAGUGUAAUUGGCAAACCGAUUGGCGCGGACCAACUCACUGCAAAAUUGGAAAUUCUCCCAUUCGCCAAAAUGCAAGUUAACUACACAUUAGGUGACCCCUUACCUAAUGACAUCAAUGUCACUGUUAUUGACCCGGUAACUGAAGAACGCUCUAUUGCUAAAGUCUUGGUCUCUUACCCGGUAAGACCACUUUUUUGUACUGGAUGUAACUCUUUGGGCCAUUCGCCCUCUGCUUGUCCGAAAAUUAAAAGGGUGUGGAAGCAAAAGGAUGUGAGUUCUGCGGAGAGUCCUCCUGGUGAUGCCCAGAACCCGCAUACAUCUUAUACAGCUGCUGAAGUUAAUAAUCCAAAUGGGGAUAGCCCUGCUGAGCACUCUCAUGCUACCCCGUUUAAGAGUUCCAAUCCUGACGAUGAUUGGACAGAAGUUAAAAGGAAAAAGCCACAAUCACCUAUGGAAUCUGAGUAUUCCCCUACACCUCCUGUCAAAUUCAAAAAUCUCAAGAAAAUUGAUGAAAUUGAGGGUAAAAAGGCUCAUCCAGUACCACCGGGCAGCCCCAAGCGUCUAACGAAGUCUCAAAAGAAGAAGCUGAAAACUUCAAUGGGGAGCAGUCCCCAAGCCCAAGCCUAA